GGCUUGGUGGCAGAAUUUACUUUGCUGAAGUCACACAGUAAGUGGUAGAAUUGGGCUUCAAACCCAGGUCUGCCUGGUGCACCAAAGCCUAUGCUCUUACUCUCGAGGCUCCAACCCCCCACUUCACUGAUAAAUCUUCAUGAGCUCAUGCGAAGGGAAACUUGAAGGCACUACCUACUAGAUGAGUGACUUGUAGGCUAGAUUAUAGCCCCCCAAAGACAUUCACACCCUAAUUCCAGGAACCUAUGAAUGUUGCAUUAGAUGGCAAAAAAAAAAAAAAAAGGACUUUGCAGAUAUUAUUAAGUGAAAGACCUUGAGAUGCAAAGAUUAUCUUGGAUUAUCCAGAUGGGCCCGAAAUGUAAUCACAUAUAUCAUCAUAAAAGGGAGGCAGAAGGACCUCUGACACACACACAGGAAGAGAUAAGGCAGUGAGAUCAUGGAGGCAGAGACUGAGUAUUGUGGCCAUAAACCAAGAAAUGCCAGCAACUACUGGAAGCUGGAGCCUCCAGAGGAAGCACAACCCUACUGACACUUUGGUGACCCUGGUUUCGGACUUCUGACCUCCAGAUCUGUGAAAGAAUGAAUUUCUGUUGUUUAAAGUCACUGAAUUUGUGGUAUUUUGUUAUGGCAGCCGUGGCAGACUAACACAGUGAUUUUGUGACCUCUCUAGGCCGGUUUCCUUAUCUGCAAAAUGAGGAUAUUAAUGGUAAUACCUAGAACUUGAAAAAACUAAUGAAUGUAAAAUGUCUGGCAGGGUGCCUGAGCAAGGUACAUGCUCAGCAGAGAUUAGGUGUUAUUAUUACCAGUGGGCUCUGAUAGGAACACAUAUGAGGUGCUUUGGGAGCAUAUGGGAAGGAAGGUCAACUAACCCAGCCUCUAGUUCAUAUGGUGCAUAUACCAUCCAGUAAGGUUAAUAAGACAUUUGAGAGGCAAAGAAGUUAAAAUUAACUAAAAGUUAAAAUAUAUGGCAUUUACUGACCAUAAAAAAAAUUCUCCACCCCCAAUUUCUAGGAGUGACUGCAACCAUCAGAGAAACACUUUUCAGGUAGUCACUCUUGUACCCUGGCAGGCGCCCCAGCAACUUUCCUAUUUUUCUGGAUCUGAUUCUGAAUGGUCAUUCCAGGACACAGUAAUUAAUGAAUGAAACAUAGGAAUAAACGCUGCAGCUGGGAAUUGGAAGUGUAAAUUCAGUUGCCUAUCAAGGAAUGUAAUCAACAACCAUCACACUUUGCUGUGCUGUUCAUAGAAGUGAGCAGAGGGCGGGCCCUACUGGUCUAAGGGCCUCUGUCCCAGACAGCUAUGGAUUAUUUCUCCCUGAGGGCUAUGGAUUAUUUCUCCCUGAGGGCUGCGUUGGAGCGGGGCAGAGCAUUUGCCUUUGAGCUGUCUCCAUUUGUUCACCCUGCUCCAAGAGAGAGAUGUCAUUGCCUGCACUGUGGGUUGCUCCGGGCUAAUGAUGGAGGAGUUAGCAGCAUGGCCUGGAGUGGCUCUCGGUGGGCUGGAGCCAGUUGACACACGCCACUUAGGUUUCCAAGGAGCCAAGCUGUCCCCACUCACGCACGGCUGAUGCACUUGUGGCUAAAUGCGUUGCAGCCAGGGCCGGUGCCAAAUUCAGGGUAGGAAAUAGAACUCCACCUCCAUCACCAGGGAAACAGUGGUCUGCGUGCAUGAUUUAAGCCAGGGCCAACAAGAAAGCUCAAAGGCACGGUCAGCAGAGGAAGGGAGGAAGGGAGACCAGAGGGCGGCUUGUAAGGAUUUUGUCUUGGGUUAUAACCGUUGACAAGCCACUUAACUGCCCACAUAUUGAAGUUUAUCUGAGUAUGAGAUGGAGGCAACAAUAUUUACACAUCUCACUGGGGACUUAGGAAAACAAUAUUUCUGACAGACCACUUGGGAUCCAUGGAUGGAAGGUGGUAUAACAAAGAUAGAGUGGAAGAGAAAGGAGCAAAACCAAAGCAUGCACUGAGCACCAGAGCUGUGCAAGCCGAGAUCAGGGGGCUUUGGGAAGAGAGCCAGCAGGCGAGCCUCCCAGAGGGGACGGUGGAGAGGCUGACCCCCGUCAAUGCUUCAGAGAUAGGAUCUGACCUCCCCACCCAGGCAGAGGCCCCACCAGGGCAGGAAGAAGGAGUUCCUGGCCCAGCCCAAGUGCCCCCUGGCCUCCCGCUGCUGCCCACAGAGGCGGAAGCCAAAGCUCCUGGAGCAUUCGUUGAGAAGCCUGGGACUGGCCAGGAGUUGUCUGCAGCAUCCACCGGGGUCCGUGAGGCCCCCACCAGCCAGGAGGAUUUACCCGGUACAGAACAAGGAUCAUCAUUCAGCAGGCCUGACCCGCGGCCCUCAGAGGCAGGCAUGAGGCUGACUCCAGGGCUGCCAGUCCAAGCCAAGGUAGCUCACAGUGGUGGAGAAACACCUCCAAGGAUCUCCAUCCAUGUGCAGGAGACAGAUACCCCCGGGGAGCUGCUUGUGACACGAGGGGGCGGCCUCAGACCCAUGCCCCUUGUGGAGGCUCCGGCAGCUGCCCAUCCCGGUGAGCAGGACCCACCUGGGCCCGCACCCCAGACCCCUGCAACCAAGUCAGAAAAACAGAUCCUGAAAGGAGCCAGCAAGAUUUCCCCACUGUGGAAACGGAGCAGCCGUGAGGGAGCAAAAGCAGAGGAGAAGCAGGGGCCUGGGGCCGAGUCGGCCAUGGGACCAAGCGGGGCCAGGAGGGACAAAGGAGCCGAUGCUGGAGGCCCGGGCUGGCGGCAGGACAAAGGCAAGUGUGCAGGAAACGCUGAGCCCGGGGAGGACGGCACAGCUGGGGGCGCAGGCAGAGCUGGAGCAGGAAGGAGGACGCCCCCUGGAGAUGAGGCUGGCAGCAUGGUUCUGGAUGACAGCCCAGCCCCACCAGCCCCCUUCGAACACCGGGUGGUGAGUGUCAAGGAGACCUCGACCUCAGCAGGUUACACAGUGUGCCAGCAUGACGUCUUGGGAGGAGGCCGGUUUGGCCAGGUCCACAGGUGCACGGAGAAGUCCACAGGCCUCUCGCUGGCAGCCAAGAUCAUCAAAGUGAAGAGUGCCAAGGACCGGGAGGAUGUGAAAAACGAGGUCAACAUCAUGAACCAGCUCAGCCAUGUGAACCUGAUCCAGCUCUAUGACGCCUUUGAGAGCAAGAACAGCUUUACCCUCAUCAUGGAAUAUGUGGAUGGGGGUGAACUCUUUGACCGGAUCACAGAGGAGAAGUACCAGCUGACCGAACUGGAUGUGAUCUUGUUCACCAAGCAGAUCUGCGAGGGUGUGCAUUACCUCCAUCAACACUACAUCCUGCACCUGGACCUCAAGCCGGAGAACAUACUGUGUGUCAAUCAGACAGGACAUCAAAUUAAGAUCAUUGACUUUGGACUGGCCAGAAGGUACAAGCCUCGGGAGAAGCUGAAGGUGAACUUCGGCACUCCAGAGUUCCUGGCCCCGGAAGUUGUCAACUAUGAAUUUGUGUCCUUCCCUACGGACAUGUGGAGUGUGGGAGUCAUCAUCUACAUGCUACUCAGUGGUUUGUCCCCAUUUCUAGGGGAAACAGAUGCAGAGACCAUGAAUUUCAUUGUGAACUGUAGCUGGGAUUUUGACGCUGACACCUUUGAAGGGCUGUCUGAGGAGGCCAAGGACUUUGUUUCCCGCCUGCUCGUCAAAGAGAAGAGCUGCAGAAUGAGUGCCACACAGUGCCUGAAACAUGAGUGGUUGAAUAAUUUGCCUGCCAAAGCUUCAAAAUCCAAAGUUCGUCUCAAAUCCCAAUUAUUACUGCAGAAAUACAUGGCUCAGAGGAAAUGGAAGAAACAUUUCUACGUGGUGACUGCUGCCAACAGGCUAAGGAAAUUUCCAACUUGUCCCUAAUUCUCAACUCUGCUGCUCCCAUGGGCCCAGAUGGUGAUGAAGUGAUAACUCAAAAUUUUUAAUAAUCCAGUCUUGUACUAACAUUGAUUCCACUUGUUUUGUAGAGAAAGUUUAUGGCUCUUGCCUUCCUUGUGGAUGAAAAGUGGCUGUAAGGAAAGUGACCUACAGACUUUUUUCUGCCUUACAAGAUCAUACUAAGUUGAAAUGCUGUGUUUACUUUUCAAGUAUACCUACUUUGGGUGAUAAGUGUAGGCAUGCUUUAGGUAGGUAGGAAACUUCUACUUUGUGUAUGUCAAAUUUAUAGUCCAAACUUACUCUGAUUAAAGAACUUAGUAGACAAUUACACAGGGUCAUUUUAUUCAGUGUUAUUCCCUCCAGUACAAAGAAUUCUUAGAAUUUUGAUUUGCUCACGUGUGAGCUGACAUUUAACUGUACUACCCUGCUCUCAUGGAAAGCAACGUGGACUUAGGGCCAUGAUCCUCAAACUUGUUUUCACUUGUGCUCCCUUUUGAGAAUCAAACCAUACAUCCUUUAAUAUUCUUUGAAACUUCAAAAUAUACCACCUAUCCUGGCUAAAUCAGAACAAUAAUUAUUUUGAAUGUGCUUUUUAAAUCUAUACACACCUCCACCAUCUCCUAAUUGGCCCUGUCCUGGCAUUGGUAGUCUCACUCCUGGCCUCCCUUCCUCAGUUACGAACUUAUGGUCUAGUAAGUCUGGAACUGAUAUGCAAUAUGUAAAACAGAGAGAAGAGUGUAACGAUGUUCAGCUUUCUGAGAGAAACACAAAUGGUACAGCAUGAGACAAUAAAAUGCUCUGCAACUGCUUUAUUAAGGAUAUACCACUCUCAGUGUUGUCAU